AGAAAGACCCACAGAAAAAAUUUUUGCCCGCACAGCACACGUCUCGAGCCCGGAAGUAAUAUUUGUCUCGAUCUGACACCAAACGAACGAGUAGUAUCGCAAUUCCAAAGGCAAAGUAUGCAGUGAUACUGCCAGUGCAGCCGGUCGUGAUUUUCAUACUGGACACGGCGGCGGGAGGCGGAGGCGCCACCACCACCGUAGUCCUCUCAUCUCCCAUCUCUCAUAUCCCUAGGAAGAAAACGAGUGGCUAGGGGGUUGAGAUAGAAGAACGAUAGAAUUAGAAAAAUCUUCCACAGAAUGGGUGCUAUUAAAUCCGCCAUCUGCGACGCGGUGAUCACCUUCCUCUGGGUAUUCUGCGUCUCUACUAUUGGUGUCCUCACCUCCAUCAUAUCCUCCGCUCUCCAGGUCCAGGGUUUUGUACCCAAACUCCUUAUCAUCACUUUUCUCAUAACCGUCCUUGUCUUCGUUUUCAACCUUAUCGCUCACGCCCUAGGUGGUGCCAGCUUCAAUCCUACAGGCAUUGCUGCCUUCUACGCGGCUGGUAUUGGUGGAGAUUCUCUUAUCUCACUGGCCGUUCGCCUCCCAGCGCAGGCCGCUGGCGCGGUGGGAGCUGUGCUGUCGAUAGUUGAGCUGAUGCCGUCUCAGUACAAGCACAUGCUCGGCGGGCCGUCGGUCAAAGUAGACCUGCACACUGCGGCCAUGGCAGAAGGGAUACUGACAUUCCUCAUCAGCUUUGCUGUGUUGCUGAUAGUUAUUAAGGGUCCACGAAACGCUAUCUUCAAAUCCUUGCUUCUGGCUGUCACCACUGUGACCUUGGUCGUUAGUGGCUCUGGGUAUACUGGACCAGCCAUGAAUCCCGCUAAUGCAUUUGGCUGGGCCUAUAUCAAGAACCGUCACAACACAUGGGAGCAGUUUUAUGUGUAUUGGAUCUGCCCCUUCAUUGGCGCCAUUUUAGCUGCUUGGGGUUUCCGGAUUCUGUUCCCGCUGCCUUCUCCGAAGACCAAGAAGACCAAGAAGGCUUGAGCCCCUAGACUACAUUUAUAAGGUACUUGAAUUCCUAAGCUCCCUGUAUUUAAUAAACAUUUCUGUGUUGAUGUUGUUUGGUGUCUAGUUUUUCGUAUUAGCAAUUGGACUAUGCUCUUUUGAUUACUAUAUGUUGCUUUAAUGAUGUUGAAUAUAUCUGCACUGUAUUUUGCGGAGACAUCCAACUUUGCUGUAGCUAUUAUUCAUUCUUAUAGAUAAUAUUAAAAAUAUGUUAAAAA